AGUUCAUCUGCACCAUUUCCGGCUCUCUCAUGGCCGACCCAGUCAUCGUCUCCUCUGGCCACACUUUCGAACAAGCCUGCGUCAGAGCCUGCAAAGUCCUGGGCUUUACACCCACUUUACCCGACUCGUCCACACCCGAUUUCUCCUCCAUAAUCCCCAACCUCGCGCUCAAAUCCACCAUUCUCAACUGGUGCAAAAACUCCUCGGUAGACCCUCCGAAGCCCGUCGAUUCCAACACCGCCGAGAAGCUCGUCCGUACAUUAAUGGCGGCCGAUGCCCAAAAAUGGGGUAACCAGAACGAAAAUGGAGCCCAACAGACCGAAAUCUCGGAGAAGAAGGUGAUACAAGGGGUUAGAGAAAAGCCUAGCGUGAAUUCCAAUCAUCCUAGUCACUGCGACUCGAGCUCGGACGACUCGUUCGGGACCACCGCGUCGAUUCGGUCUCUGCAACUUGCGACUCAGCCGAGUUGCUAUUCCUCUCCAUCCUCGUCCGAAAUCGAAACCCUAGCCCCUAAUUGCACCGAGGAAGAGGAAAUUUUGGCCAAACUCAGAAGCCCACAAGUGUUUGAGAUCGAAGAGUCCGUGAUUUUUCUGAGACAGAUCACACGGACCAGAGAAGACUCAAGGGGCCACCUCUGUACCCCUCGGUUACUCUCAGCCCUCCGAUCUCUGAUCAUCUCCAGGUACUCGAGCAUCCAAGUGAACUCGGUCGCAGCAUUGGUGAAUCUCUCUUUGGAGAAUGCCAACAAGGUUAGGAUCGUACGGUCAGGAAUCGUUCCUCCACUAGUUGAUGUUCUGAAGGGGGGAUUUGCUGAGGCGCAGGAACACGCUUCCGGUGCACUCUUCAGCUUAGCCCUUGAUGAUAACAACAAGACCGCGAUUGGUGUUUUGGGCGCUUUACAGCCGUUGAUUCACAUGCUCCGGUCCCAGAGCGAGCGGACCCGGCAUGACUCGGCGCUUGCUCUUUACCAUCUUUCGCUCGUUCAAAGCAAUCGGUCUAAGUUAGUGAAACUCGGGUCCGUUCCAAUUUUGUUGGGUAUGUUGAGAUCGGGUCACAUGACGGGUCGGUUACUACUAAUUUUGUGUAACCUGGCUUGGUGCAUGGAUGGGCGGGCCGCAAUGUUGGAUGCGGGUGGGGUAGAUUGUUUGGUUGGGUUGUUGGAUGGGGGCGAGUUGAAGUCCGAGUCGGCUUGGGCGAGUUGCGUUGACACAUUGUAUGGGCUGAGUCAUGGCGGGUUGAGGUUCAAGGGGUUGGCGAAGGCGGCAAGGGCGGAAGAGGUGUUGAUGAAGGUUGAGAACGUUGGGUGCAAACGGGCAUGGGAGAAGGCAAAAAGGGUUUUGGAGAUGAUCAAAAAGAGGGAAGAGGAGGAGGAAGAGGUGGAUUGGGUGGAUUUGCUUGGCAUGGAGAGUCAGACUCAGUGUUGACUCGUUGUGGGUUAGGUGAGUCAAGAAUUUUGAAGUACAGAGUUUGAUGUUUUGAUUCUUUUGAGUGUUGUCUUUUUUGGGGGUGGGGUUGGUUUAAGAUUUGUAAUUACCGGUGUUUAUAUUGGUGGUUUUUGUGGCUUUUGCGCUUUGGUGACAUUUUUUUCACCUAAAUCAUGGAUGUUGGAGGUGUAAAUUAAGAGCUUUUAGACCCAAGUGAUUAUGGAGUUGUACGAAUCUUUUCCGAAAGUUUGCUUUA